AUGCACAAUCUUGAGAAGAAAAGAGCUGGUUUGCAGCAUAUUGUAAAACUUUAUCAGUCAAGUAUAAGACUUCCAUACAUUAAAAGUGCCCUAGAACGCUAUGAUGGAGAAUUUUCCUCGCUGAUCAAGGAAAGGUAUUGGGAUCCCCUUGAGUUAUGGACUGACGACAGUCACUUAAAUAAGUUUGUUGCUCUAGUGGAAGCUGCUGUUGACCUUGAUCAGCUUGAGAAUGGAGAGUACAUGAUAUCAUCUACUUAUGACCCUGCACUUUCUGCACUAAAAGAUGAGCAAGAGUCGCUGGAGCACCGAAUACACAAUUUGCAUAAAGAAACUGCUAAAGAUCUUGAUCUCGCUCUAGACAAGGCUUUAAAAUUAGAUAAAGGCACACAAUUUGGACAUGUCUUCAGAAUCACAAAGAAGGAAGAGCCAAAAAUAAGGAAAAAGCUCACAACGCAAUUCAUUGUUCUGGAAACCCGAAAGGAUGGAGUGAAAUUCACCAACACAAAGCUUAAAAAGUUAGGGGAUCAGUAUCAAAGAAUAGUUGAAGAGUAUAAGAAUUGUCAGAAAGAGCUGGUUGACCGAGUUGUUCAAACUACAGCAACUUUCUCUGAGGUGUUCUGGUCUGUAGCUGGGCUGCUUUCUGAAUUGGAUGUCUUACUUAGUUUUGCUGAUUUGGCUUCUAGCUGUCCUACUGCUUACACUAGGCCAAUCAUCACUCCAUCGGAUGAGGGGGAUAUUAUAUUAGAAGGGAGUAGACAUCCUUGUGUGGAGGCUCAGGACUGGGUGAGAGGAAAGAGUUGGUUCCAAAUCAUUACAGGACCCAAUAUGGGUGGAAAAUCUACAUUUAUCCGACAGGUCGGUGUGAAUAUUCUAAUGGCACAAGUUGGUUCUUUUGUUCCUUGUGACAAAGCUAGCAUUUCUAUUCGUGAUUGCGUUUUUGCUCGCGUGGGUGCUGGUGACUGCCAACUACGUGGAGUUUCUACCUUCAUGCAAGAAAUGCUUGAGACCGCAUCUAUAUUGAAAGGAGCUACAGAUAAGUCACUGAUAAUCAUCGACGAGUUAGGCCGAGGGACAUCGACUUAUGAUGGAUUCGGUUUAGCUUGGGCCAUUUGUGAGCACCUUGUUGAAGUGAUUAAAGCACCUACCUUGUUCGCAACCCAUUUUCAUGAAUUGACUGCAUUAGCUCAUGAAAAUAGUGUUCAAGAGGCCAAUAUGAAGCAAAUUGUUGGUGUAGCAAACUAUCAUGUUAGUGCACAUAUUGACUCAUCAAGCCACAAGUUGACUAUGCUGUACAAGGUUGCAGAAUUCGCAAACUUUCCUGAAAGUGUUGUUUCCCUUGCUAGAGAGAAGGCUGCUGAAUUGGAGGAUUUUUCAGCUACUGGAGUUAUUCCAAAUGAUGCUAGAGAAGAGGUUGGAUCCAAGCGCAAGAGAGAGUAUGACUCUGAUGAUAUGUCUAGAGGAGCCGCUCGGGCACACGAAUUUCUGAAGGAGUUUUCUAAUUUGCCAUUGGAAACAAUGGAUUUAAAGGAGGCUUUGCAAAAGGUUAGCAAGAUGAAGGAUGACUUGCAAAAGGAUUCAUGCAGUGCCCCCCACAAUUUUGUGCCUGUAUCAAGUCUGAAAUGCAACUGA